GCUUGGACAUCCUAGCCGUCAUCACUUCUAUUGAAAUGGACUUAGCUUUUGGAGCUUUAUACAACCAAUAUUUGAGAAAGCAAACCCCGCAAUUGAUCGUUUAGUUACAUAGGUAAUUGCGAUUGUAAACCGUCACGCUGGCAAGCCUACUCUGGUCCAAACGACCGGCUCCUUUGACGGAUGUCACUCGAGAGGCCCGUCCGUCUUCUUCACCUAGUGAUAUCAUGACCGAUAUCCCAACCCAGCCAGGGCUGACGCCGCAAUUCUGCUUUUCUACAGUAGCCCUAAGAGACUUUCUACGGUUGUCACGGGCUGCUGUUGACGAUUCCAUCACCCAGAAUCUCAAUGCUCUCGUAACUCCGGCUAAGACAGGCUUCGAUCCGCACUCAACUUCCACUCGAGUGCCCCGCGAUCCACAGCGGUCGAUUGACCCCAGAGUUUGCCAGGGUUUCAAAGAUCAAGUGCUGUUUCCCUCGUGGCAGUCUAGAUCCGACAUAUUGGCAUACUGCGCAUAUGUCGCUACAAGUCCAGACCCAAAUGAUCCAGAGACAACACUGAGGGAAGCAGAGUCGUUGCGGUAUCGGGAACGCGUGGUCAACGAGCGGCUAGAUCCCUAUUCAGCCCGUUACUUCCCUCGGGAGCCCCGGACACAGCAGCUGGCCACGUUACUCAGGCAGGAGAGAGGCGUCGAGACCAUCGUGAGGUCACAGACGUGGGGAGUUAUUAGGGAACGAUGCGGUGAUGCAACAGAGGAUUCGGAUCAAGCACUUAGUCAGUGGAGGGAUCGGCAGCGGAAACCGUCUCCUUAACUCAUUUCAUGUUCCAGUCGAGAGUCGGACUGGAGCGGCAGCGAAACGAAGUGUAUACCUUGUACGAGUACUAUCUAGCUAUGAACUUGCCACUGUACCAAUAGAUGAGCACAAAUUCAAUGUAUCAGAUAUUGCAGAUUGUAUUAGUUGCGACCAUCAAGUCCUCAUCACCGAUGUCCAUAC